UUGUGACAUGUGUCCUCCAGAUACCAGAUACUAUUUUGCUGCCCACAUGAUGGAUCACCAUGGAGACAGCGUGUCUGUGACCAAGCGUUGUGUAACUGCGGAAGACUGCCUGUUAACAGGCUGUGCUGACACAAAAAAAAAAAAUUGUCAGGUGUGCUCAUCCUGCUGCAAAGGGAAUAUUUGCAACUCGUUAGUUCCCCAAAACAAGAGUGCUGCAGUUUUCUCCUCAGCUACCCCUCUGGUGAACUCAGACAGAGGGCGUCAUGCUGUGACACUGAUCGACAUCGUCAUCAUCCUCAUCAGCACCAGGCUCAUUAUUGGAUGUAUGUGAGGCACAAAUGGUGUUCAUGUCAGUUGACAUACACUGAAGGCGAACAACAUUAUUACAACUGAACGCUCAGCUUUAUCAUAUUGUGAAAUACUGUCUUUAUUAGGGGUUUUUUUGUUGUCGUUGUUUCCGAUUUCCAUAGUUGUCAGUAGUCUUAUUAAAGCGGCUGCAAGUUCAGUUAGCCUGCAUGCAUUGCUUUUGUGUAUAAAGGCAGUGCUCUAUCACAGCACAAUUAGUUUGAUGA